AUUAGUGUGCAUCUCUCAGUCUUGAAGUCAACAAGUCAAAGGUUGAGUUAAGUGUCCGUGAUUGAAAAUAUAUAUUUGGAAGACUCAGUUUCACUUGGUUCAGUCGCCGCUGUGUGGAUUGAUAAGUUUCAUAAGCUGGAAUUGGAGGCAAAAACAUCAAUUUGGAUCAACGUUUGUAAAUUGUUUGUGAAUUUAGUCAGAUUAUCCGAUAAUUCGGAUAUAUAUUCUCAAGUUUGUGAAAACAAGUGUGCAAUAAGGCUUGUGAAAAUUGUAUAUUUUAAAGGAUCGAAUUGCAGAUUGGCUUGUCAGCAAUAUCUCCAUGUCUAAACAAUUAUAGAAUUAUGACACCAAUUUUGAAGCUCUUCAUUGGGCUUUUGACGAUCAAUUUGCAACUCGUUGCUCCUGAAGAUUUGUAUGAUUAUGACAGCAUAAAUCCAUUUCGCGAAAUUGAGAGGAUUGGUCGGCAAAUUGAAGGCCAUGAGGCGCACGAUGAACAUCAUCACACCAAAAUUCAAGAGCUUAAUGUGCAAUGUACAAAGUCUGGUUUAACUGUUUCCGUUGAAUUCGAUGGGCCGUUUGAUGGAGUCAUUUACAGCAAAGGCUACUUCUCUGACCCCAAGUGCAGGUUUGUGGAAGUACGAACCGGGGCUGCGAAAUACAAUUUUGAUAUUCCUGCUGGAAGAUGCGGAACAAAUUUGGAUGAAUUUGGUCAAACCAUAAGCAAUGUUCUCAUAUUCCAAAUGGACGAAACAGUGCAGGAAAUAUGGGAUGUGGCGAAAAAGAUAUCAUGCAAAUACGGCGGAGCAAACAAUGCUGCCGAGUCUCCAAAGACGGGGAAAAUGGUCAUUUUUAAGCCUUUGUCCGUGGGAAUGCUCAACGUUCAGCACGAGCCGAUAAGCAAUGGUGACAAAGGGAGCUUAGACUGCUGGAUGGACAUUCAAAAGGGAACUUAUCCCCAUACUGAACCAAUUGGAGGACAAAUUGAAAUUGGCGAGGAACUCAGUGUAAUCAUCUAUCUCAAAGAUGCAGAACGCCAAUAUGAUGCCAGCGUAAAAGAUUGUUGGGCAUAUGACUCGGAACGCUUCGAUGACGCUAGGACUUCAAAAGUUCAACUAACAGGAUAUGACGGAUGUCCAAGGAAAACCAAACUGAUUGGAAGAUGGAUGAAAACUUUCGAAACCGGAGACACAGGCGCCACAACGAUAGCAUUCACAAAUAUGACAGCAUUUAAAUUCCCAGAUUCAGAUAACAUCUAUCUGACAUGUAACAUAGAGCUUUGCAAGGAUGUUUGCGAUGACACUUGUGGUUCCGUUGCACCGGCCCCACAACGUCCGUUGCCUACGCAAAAAGUACUCGCAGCAACUCGGGCACCUUAUGUUCCACAAAACAGACCACCAACAACCACCCAUCGUCCCUUCGUGAACAGGCCCAAUGAGCCAGACUGUUAUGAGGGGUCAAGGGACGCUCGGUGCAGUCAGGCAAAACCUAAAACUCCACAGCAAACUUCCCCACCUUUCCGAUGUACUCAGAACUCGGCGGACCCUCGCUGCGUUCGACCGACAGCGAAUGCAUUACCCGAAACAACACGAAGGCCAAUUUGUUACAAAGGUUCAACUGAUGCAAGAUGUCAUACCGAACACGAAAUUGAACUCGAGAUAACCCAGAGGCCAACCGUAACAGGGGAAACAGCAAAUUUGUGUUAUCCAGGUGCUGUCCAUCCCAGAUGUCCACCUGAUUGUGCAGGAAACGGUGCAUUUAAAGAUCCCCGCUGCGCACAACCAACUACUCGACCAACAAUUCCACCAACUCAGAGAACGUACCCAACUACUCGACCAACUUAUGCAACUACACCAAAGCCGGUAAAUUGUUAUCCGGGAGCAGUGGAUCCCAGAUGUCCUCCAGAUUGCGAAGGCAAUGGUGCGUUUAAAGAUCCUCGGUGCGCACAACCAACUACUCGCCCAACAAUUCCACCAACUCAAAGAACGUAUCCAACUACUCGACCAACUUAUGAAACUACUCAGAGAACGUACCCAACUACUCGACCAACUUAUGCAACUACUCAAAGAACAUUCCCAACUACUCGACCAACUUAUGCAACUACACCAAAGCCGGUAAAUUGUUAUCCGGGAGCAGUGGAUCCAAGAUGUCCUCCAGAUUGCGAAGGGAACGGGGCAUUUAAAGAUCCCCGCUGCGCACAACCAACUACUCGACCAACAAUUCCACCAACUCAGAGAACGUACCCAACUCCUCGACCAACUUAUGCAACUACACCAAAGCCGGUAAAUUGUUAUCCGGGAGCAGUGGAUCCAAGAUGUCCUCCAGAUUGCGAAGGAAACGGUGCAUUUAAAGAUCCCCGUUGUGCACAACCAACUACUCGACCAACAAUUCCACCAACUCAGAGAACGUAUCCAACUACUCAGAGAACGUACCCAACUACUCGACCAACUUAUGCAACUACUCCAAAGCCGGUGAAUUGUUAUCCAGGAGCAGUGGAUCCCAGAUGUCCUCCAGAUUGCAAUAACAACGGUGCGUUUAAAGAUCCUCGGUGCGCACAACCAACUACUCGACCAACAAUUGCACCAACUCAAAGAACGUACCCAACUACUCGACAAACCUAUGCAACUACUUCAAAGCCCGUAAAUUGUUAUCCAGGAGCUGUCGAUCCUAGAUGUCCUCCAGAUUGCGAGGGCAAUGGUGCGUUUAAAGAUCCCCGCUGUGCACAACCAACUACUCGGCCAACAAUUGCACCAACUCAGAGAACGUAUCCAACUACUCGACCAACCUAUGCAACUACUUCAAAGCCCGUAAAUUGUUAUCCAGGAGCUGUCGAUCCAAGAUGUCCACCAGCUUGCAAUGACGACGGUGCAUUUAAAGAUCCCCGUUGCGCACAACCUACUACUCGGCCAACAAUUCCACCAACUCAGAGAACGUAUCCAACUACUCAGAGAACGUACCCAACUACUCGACCAACUUAUGCAACUACUCCAAAGCCGGUGAAUUGUUAUCCAGGAGCAGUGGAUCCCAGAUGUCCUCCAGAUUGCAAUAACAACGGUGCGUUUAAAGAUCCUCGGUGCGCACAACCAACUACUCGACCAACAAUUGCACCAACUCAAAGAACGUACCCAACUACUCGACAAACUUAUGCAACUACUCCAAAACCCGUAAAUUGUUAUCCAGGAGCUGUCGAUCCUAGAUGUCCUCCAGAUUGCGAGGGCAAUGGUGCGUUUAAAGAUCCCCGCUGUGCACAACCAACUACUCGGCCAACAAUUGCACCAACUCAAAGAACGUACCCAACUACUCGACCAACUUAUGCAACUACUCAGAGAACGUAUCCAACUACUCGACCAACUUAUGCAACUACUUCUAAGCCUAUAAAUUGUUAUCCAGGAGCUAUCGAUCCUAGAUGUCCUCCAGAUUGCGAGGGCAAUGGUGCGUUUAAAGAUCCCCGCUGUGCACAACCAACUACUCCGCCAACAAUUGCACCAACUCAAAGAACGUACCCAACUACUCGACCAACUUAUGCAACUACUCAGAGAACGUAUCCAACUACUCGACCAACCUAUGCAACUACUUCAAAGCCCGUAAAUUGUUAUCCAGGAGCUGUCGAUCCAAGAUGUCCACCAGAUUGCAAUGACGACGGUGCAUUUAAAGAUCCCCGUUGCGCACAACCAACUGCUCGGCCAACAGUUGCACCAACUCAAAGAACGUAUCCAACUACUCAGAGAACGUACCCAACUACUCGACCAACUUAUGCAACUACUCAAAGAACGUUCCCAACUACUCGUCCAACUUAUGCAACUACUCAAAGAACGUUCCCAACUACUCGACCAACUUAUGCAACUACUUCAAAGCCUAUAAAUUGUUAUCCAGGAGCUAUCGAUCCUAGAUGUCCUCCAGAUUGCGAGGGCAGUGGUGCGUUUAAAGAUCCCCGCUGUGCACAACCAACUACUCCGCCAACAAUUGCACCAACUGAAAGAACGUACCCAACUACUCGACCAACUUAUGCAACUACUCCAAAGCCGGUGAAUUGUUAUCCAGGAGCAGUGGAUCCCAGAUGUCCUCCAGAUUGCAAUAACAACGGUGCGUUUAAAGAUCCUCGGUGCGCACAACCAACUACUCGACCUACAGCUGCACCAACUCAAAGAACGUAUCCAACUACUCGACCAACUUAUGCAACUACUCAGAGAACGUACCCAACUACUCGACCAACUUAUGCAACUACACAAAGAACAUUUCCAACUACUCGACCAACUUAUGCAACUACUUCAAAGCCGGUAAAUUGCUAUCCAGGAGCUGUCGAUCCCAGAUGUCCUCCAGAUUGCGAUAAUAACGGUGCGUUUAAAGAUCCCCGUUGCGCACAACCAACUACUCGGCCAACAGUUGCACCAACUCAAAGAACGUAUCCAACUACUCGACCAACUUAUGCAACUACUCAGAGAACGUACCCAACUACUCGACCAACUUAUGCAACUACUCAGAGAACGCACCCAACCACUCGACCAACUUAUGCAACUACUCAGAGAACAUACCCAACUACUCGACCAACUUAUGCAACUACUCAAAGAACAUUCCCAACUACUCGACCAACUUAUGCAACUACACCAAAGCCGGUAAAUUGUUAUCCGGGAGCAGUGGAUCCAAGAUGUCCUCCAGAUUGCGAAGGGAACGGUGCAUUUAAAGAUCCCCGUUGUGAACAACCAACUACUCGACCAACAAUUCCACCAACUCAGAGAACGUACCCAACUCCUCGACCAACUUAUGCAACUACUUCAAAGCCCGUAAAUUGUUAUCCGGGAGCAGUGGAUCCAAGAUGUCCUCCAGAUUGCGAAGGGAACGGUGCAUUUAAAGAUCCCCGUUGUGCACAACCAACUACUCGACCAACAAUUCCACCAACUCAGAGAACGUAUCCAACUACUCAGAGAACAUACCCAACUACUCGACCAACUUAUGCCACUACUUCAAAGCCCGUAAAUUGCUAUCCAGGAGCUGUCGAUCCAAGAUGUCCACCAGAUUGCAAUAACAACGGUGCAUUUAAAGAUCCCCGCUGUGCACAACCAACUACUCGGCCAACAGCUGCACCAACUCAAAGAACGUAUCCAACUACUCAGAGAACGUACCCAACUACUCGACCAACUUAUGAAACUACUCCAAAACCCGUAAAUUGUUAUCCAGGAGCAGUGGAUCCCAGAUGUCCACCAGAUUGCGAGGGCAAUGGUACUUUUAAAGAUCCCCGUUGCGCACAACCAACUGCUCGACCAACUUAUGCAACUACUUCGAAACCCGUAAAUUGUUAUCCAGGAGCAGUGGAUCCAAGGUGCCCACCAGAUUGCGAUAAUAAUGGAGCAUUUAAAGAUCCCCGCUGCGCGCAGCCAACUACUCGCCCUACACCUGCACUAACCCAGAGGACAUAUCCAACGACAAGACCAACUUACGCCACCACAACAAAACCAGUAAACUGCUAUCCUGGUACCGUUGACCCCAGAUGUCCUCCUGAUUGUGAUAAUAAUGGCUCUUUCAAAGAUCCGAGAUGUGUCACAAGCUCCGUAGCCCUUGUGGAAACUACGAGGAGGCCAAUAUGCUUUCCAGGGAGUACUGAUUCAAGAUGUUCCUUACACGAGGAACCUCAAUUGACUGAAGCAACAAGCAAAAAGCCUCUUUGCUAUCCUGGACAAAUCGACCCUCGAUGCCCUCCGAUCUGCCCUUCAACCGAUAUUCGAUGCCGAGGAAUCUAAUUAUUUAACAAUUUAAAUCAGUAAUGAAAAUAAUAAUUUUGUACUCUGAAAUAAAAGCGAUAGUAUUCUGAUAGGUUACGA